AUUUUGUCUCUAAAACUCUCUCUAUUAUAAUUUAUAAUAAUUUAUAUUAUUAUACUUAUAAAUAGAUAUAUAUAGAUUAUAGACUGAAUCAGCCAGGAAAACCAAAGACUUAGCAGAGUUUAAGUCAUGGAUUAACAUGCAUGACUAGAUUGACACAACACAUGAUAUGCGCAGGACGUAAUUAUAAUCUUCUUUUUUAAGUAAUGUCUGUUAUAUAUAGAAAGUAAGAUAUAUAUAUCUAGUAAUCUAGUUCACUACUAGUUCUAACUCUGUCAAGUCUAUAGUAACUAUGUAACAUUGAGUCAUAGUCAUAAUGAUAAUCUAUGAGUUAUUUACGUUACUUGAACAAAACAAGUUAAUCCCAGUAGUAAAAUUUUUUAUGAUUGAAUUUUUAUAGCUCCGUAAUGGUUAGACGUAGGAAAAAACAGAGUAUCAGAUGAGCUCCUCGCCCAUUUGUCUAUAAAAAUAGUUAUAUAUUUCAAUGUAUUAGAUCUACUACUAAUUGUUAAAAUUAGAUUUAAUGUUAAUAUGGGUCUGGCAGAUGCGUUCAAACUCACAACUUUUUUUUAACAUCUUAAGAAACACUUGAACACAUGAUAAGGGUUGUAUAAAAAAAGAUAUUCUAAUCUUCAACUGUUGUCUCUUCCAAGCUCAGUGAUGUAUAUAAUUUAGACUUGAAAAGGCCCUAGAAGCUAUUUUCAGAAAUAUAUUAUAUUAUAUGUGGUCCUUUAAUAUGUCAGUGCUAAAUAUUAAUCUAGCGCUGCCCAAGCCAUUGGAGGACACAAUAGUUUACCUGGUUGACAGAAAAAUUUAAAGUGUAACUCUUCCUAUUGGUGUUUGUCAACUAAUUCGCGCCUUGAUAAUUGGUACCCGGUCAAUCAAUAAUUGGCUUCUCCCAUUUUCCCAUCAAUAUUGUUCUCACUAUGGCUGCAAUGUUUUUAGACUGUUGAUGGCCUGGUGUGCGCCUGUGUAUUGCACUAUCAUUGAAUUGUUUCUAUUGUGUGUUGACCUGAAGACUGGUUGAGUCAACCCUAAAAAAUUUUCUUAGUGUUAUUUUGCACUAAAAUGUUUGAAUGUUGGUAAGUGGAAUUGUAGGGAGAAAAGAUAAGAGGCCUGGGGAUGUGUGUGACUGAAUAAAAUGGUACCUAUUGUGCUAAUCAUUCCAUUUGUGUGUGUUAUUAUUAUUAUUAUACAUAUUUUUCUAUUAUCUGUUUAAAAAGACUGUCUUGUUAGCCCAUUGAGCUUUGUGGCAAAAUAGUAAAAAAAAAACUGUGAAAAAAAAAUAUAUCACAUGUCUAGAAGCUGAAUAAUUAUUAGCAUCUGACAUCACUUCUUAAUUCUUAAUGGUCAAUCAAUAAUUGUUGGUCUCAAAAUUUGUUAUACAGGAUACUUCAUGCUCCACCCCCCCCCCCCUUUUGACAUUUUCUAUUUAAAAAACUACAUCUAUGUGCAACAUAUCCCCCCUCUUUUUAAAAAAAAUUUUGUCACAUCAUGUUAGGCUCAGAUGAUUUUUCUUGAUUUUCUUUUUCCAGAAUGGUUGAAUUUCUCCCAACUGCCUUUUUUUUUUAUGGUGACAACUUAUUUGUGUAAAAAAAAAAAAAGACGUCUUGCUUAACAAAGAGAGGAUCAUAUAAUAUGAGACUCACCUGGUAUUUACAGACCAACGAUUGACAUUUAUUGACACAUCAAAUCAACUGGACACACAUCAUUGUCAAUUUGUCAUUAAAUCCUUAUUUUAAAAAAAAAAGUAAAGUUCCCCUUUCAGACCUUGCGAUCAAUGGGACAGAAGAUGUAAAGGGCAUCUGUUUAUGUGGCCUAUGGUUUACAAGGGUGUCAUAUUUACCACUUAGCCGCCUUGCCUUUGUGUAUACAAGUUUAAAAAAAUAUGGUGGGGUGUUCGAGAAUUAACUAAAAAGGUGUGUGUGUUGGGGGGGGGGGUUCUGAAUGACAUAAGUUUCUCCAGAUCUUAUUAGGGACAGUACUAAAAUAAAAAAAUAAUUUUCCCUUUUAAGGCAAAUGAUUUAAAGGUCAUCUUUUUCUAUGGCAGAUGGUUAAUGAGGGUGUCAUGUGGCCAGCACAACAAUUAAAUGCCUUUACUUUCCCUAACGAAUGUCAAGUACCCAUAAGAAUUGGGUGGUUUUGGGCGUCCUAAGAAUCACACAAUUAAAAAUCCAGUCUUCACCAAGAUUCAGACUCAGGACUUGGAAGCCAAGUUUUUUACCACUCAGCCACCUAGGGACAUUACUACUAUGUACAUAUAAUUUCUGCUUUGUGAGACAUCUUCACUUCAGACAAAAUGCAAAAGAAUGCAGAAUUUGAGGCAAUGCAUUGUGUGUUUCUUUGCAUGCUUAUGUCAAUGAUAUUGAUAACACACAUUUGUAAUACUGAAGUCAGUGAAGAGUUUAUGCCCUUUGAAACAGCCACUAUUCAGGACCAAAAUAGCUGCAAGCCACAACAUGUUCACAUAUCUUUUGGAGAUAGUAUCAAUGAAGUCAAUAUUGUCUGGUCCACAUUUGGCUUUUGUGUAUGUCUGGUUAGGUAUGGCACUGACCCAUGGAGAUAUGAGUUUAGAGCUGAUGCCAAUCAUACCUACUUUACAACUUUGAACAGUAGAGGACUAAAACAUUUGUACAGAGUAAAUUUAAAGGGCUUACAUUCAGCUGCACGCUAUUACUAUCAAAUUGAGAACGAUGAAAGUACUGCAGGGCCAUUUUAUUUUCAAGUUCCUCCUGAAGGCAAAGACUGGUCACCAGAUUUUUUGAUAUUUGGUGAUCUGGGCAUACAUGCGGACACUAUAAAUUUCCUUGUCAAUGAGGCUUUAUCUGGCCACUAUACUGCUCUCAUUCAUGCUGGAGAUUUGGCUUAUGAUAUGAAAGAUAAGGAAGGCCUAGUAGGUGAUUAUUUUAUGAAAGAAAUUGAGCCAAUGGCAGCUUAUAUUCCAUAUUUGACGUGUCCAGGAAAUCAUGAAAUUGAUUUUGGUACUUUUUCACAUUAUCGAAAUCGAUUUUCUAUGCCAAAUACUGAUUGGCCUAUACCUAUUGAUAAGAUGUGGUAUAGCAUUGACAUUGGACCUGUUCAUGUGAUAAGCUAUUCAUCUGAGGUCUUUUUUACCAACUCUGGGAAACACAUUGAAGCCCAAAGGAGAUGGCUUAUAGAGAAUUUGAGAAAUGCUAAUAAUAACAGAAAAACAACCCCUUGGAUUAUAGCCUUUGGGCAUAGGCCUUUGUAUUGUAGUACAAAGAUUAAUGACGACUGCUCACUGUUAUCUUCAGAAGUCAGAAAUGGACUAGAAGACAUCUUUACAUUAUUAGGAGUAGACCUGAUCAUUCAAGCUCAUGAACAUAACUAUGAACGUCUUUGGCCGUUGUAUCAGUGGAAUGUUUUGAAUUAUUCCUAUGUAAACCCAGAUGUCCCUGUUCAGAUUAUUACUGGAGCAGCUGGAAGCAUUGAAGGAAUAGACAACUUUGAAUCUUAUUAUCAUCCUAAUUGGUCAGCCUUCCGUCUUGACUCUAAUGCAUUUAACAGUUAUGGUCGUUUGCUCGUUGUUAAUCAUUCUCAUCUGUUUUGGGAGCAGCGCUCAAUAAAUAAUCACACAACUUUGGAUAGCAUUUGGAUUGUCAAAGAAAGACCAGGACCUGAGAGUACUACAGUUCCAGUCACAAGUAGAACAUAUCAUGGAACCAAGAUCACUACCAGUACUUAUGUUAUUGCACUAAGCAUUAGCUUGGGCAUCUUGCUUGCUGUGAUACUUUUACUUUUCAUAUUGAGACAGUUUUUUAGAGCCAGAAGGAUCAAACUAUUUCUUAGUCAAUGUAGACCAGAAGAUUCAUGGCCUGUGCCUUAUAGCAACUUCUCCAGCCCUGAAGAGGAGGAAAAUUUGUAGCAAUGAAUAUGAAAAAUCGAUUGUUUUCUUUAUUUUCAAUUUUGAACAUUUAUUUAUUACUACAUUAUAAAAAUUUAAAUGAAAAUAGUUACCAAUGUUUCUAAUUUUCUUAUAUCUAUAAUAUUUAUUUUGCUAUUGUUAGCAAAGAACAUUCCAACUUUUAUGCUAAGAAAUAAAUGUUAACAUAUAUUUUUUCUUAACAAAUGAAUAAAUGUUUAUUCAUUAUUUUUACUUUGUUAAAAAAAAAAAAAGAUUUUUCAAUGAUAAAUUUUGAUAUGAGUUGGUUUUUUUUUAUAAUUUUUUUUUUUUAUUAAAUUGUGUCAAGGUGAAAUUAUUUAAGUCCUACAAACUAUCUUGUUGGUUACCUUGUUUGUAAAAUAUAUAUGUUUUGUAUUAAUUUUAACAUAUAAGCUGGAAAGUUCUUUAAUCCACACAAUAAAAGUGAAUCUGUUCUGCAAGGUUAUUUAAACUUUAAAUUUGAAACAGCUAGAAAUAGUUAACAUUAGUAAUUAUAUAACAGUUAUUGUUCUACUAGCUCAGCAUUGGAUAAGCCAUUAAUUAUUUUACUAGCUUCCUCUAUCCAGUGAGUGGUUGGGAGAGGCCCUGUAAGUCAGACACGUGUUUGAGAUCUUGCUAUCUCACAUCUUAAUAUGUCAUUGUCUUGACAUAGUCUGCUAAAGCUGAGUUUCUACCAUAAUACUAUUUAGUAAGGUUUUUUGCUCUUUCCAUAAGAGAAUUUUUUUUCUAGCUGUUGUUUCUUACCUCGUGUGCUGAGAGGACAUUAAUUGUUCAUUUCGGUAUGAUCUCUUUUUAUUUCAUAUCAGUAAUUAAAUCCUUACAUUUUUUUAAUUUCUUAGACAACUGCAUUUAUAAUAAUUACAUUCUCUAAUAUAAUUAUUGUUUCAUAGUAUUUUUAACUUACCAUUUUUUUGUCUACUGUUGUUAAUGUGUGCACCUCUUGUGUGUGUGCAUGAUUGCUAUUUAUUUUAUUUUUAGCUAUUAUGCUAAAGUCAAAUUUAUAGAUUUUUGACUAUUUCUCUUCAGGAUUAUUUUCCACCUUCUGAUGGCAUUAUUCACCUUACCCAUUUGUAGUGCGCUACCAUGUCAUGAUAAAAUUUCAAUAACUUUCUUUUUGUUGGUAUCAGAAAGGGUUUUGUUUGGUAUAAAUUGUAUUUAUUUAUGUAAUACAAAUUUAUUUUUAUAAAAAAAAUGAGUUUUUGUUUGCAUUAUGAAAAUCAAUAAAAACUCACUGACUGGUCAAGUUAUCUAGACUAGAUCUAGAAAAUAUUUUAUCAUCCAGAUUAAAUAAAAAUUAUUUUUUUAAAAUAAAAUUUAUCAAUAUUUUUACAAAAUUUUAUAAAUAACUGAUUUAAAAGAAAAACAUAAAAUGUAACUAUUGAACGUAACCCACUUAAAACACAUCAUACUCUGUAAAAACACACUGUAAGAAAAAUCUAAAUGUUUCAAUAUUAAAGUCAUGGAAAGAAAGGUAAAAAAAAAAGUGUUAUAAAGCAUCAAAAAUGGGAACAUCCAAUCAAAGGAAAAAGCUGUUUCACAUCAAUAGUGGGAACAUUGUUUCAAAGAGAAAGAGUUAAACUGGCAUGAAUAAUUUCUAUUUUAUUAUUUUUGCUUUAUCCUGUACUUAAAGCUGUUCUCUGUUGGCAGCCCAAUUGGAGCAUAUAAAUUUAGCCUCUAUGUUGCUAAUCAUUUUCAUAACUUUAACUGUUGUAAAUACAUUUUUAUCCUUGAAAACUCAUCGUAAUAAAAUAAUUAUAGAUUUUAUACAUCUAAAAGAACAAUUCUGAAACCAAUGUUGUUGUUUUUUCCAUAAAAGACAUACUUAAAUUGCAGAUUGGUAACUUUGAAUUUAUUGUGUAUCAAUUUCUUAGUCAGUAAUGUGUUUAUAAGCAUUUGAUUUUUAGAAAUCUUUAUCAUUAUUAUUAUGAACUACAUUCCAUUGUUGUUUUGUUGCAAAAAUUUGUUACAAUACAAAAAAAAUAAACAACUUUUCAGAUAGUU